AAACGACCGACGAAACCAAGCUUUCCUCCCACUAUUCGCCGCCGAGGAGGAUUUUCAUUUCCAGAGUUCGAGGUUCGGUAGAAGCAAAGGGAUAGCUUAUUCAAAAUCGCAAUUAUAGGUUGUUGAACUUAAGUGGAUAUUUUGAGUAAUAAGAAUAGAGAAGGAGAUGUUAUUACACUACACAAAAUCCCUUCGGCACUUAAAAGUCUUAAGGCUGUCCAUAAAAACUCCAUGGAACUUCCUGCUUCAUUCUCCUUAUUCAGACAUCCCUCUGAAGAAUUCGAAGCUCGCCCCUCUUCAGGAGAGGAGAAUGAUAGAUAGGUUUAAGUUGUAUGCCAAAGGAGGUAAUGGUGGAAGUGGUUGCUCCAGCAUUCGCCGUAGUGUGCAUGAUCGCCGUGGCAGACCUGAUGGUGGGAAUGGUGGAAGAGGUGGUGAUGUUAUACUCGAAAGUUCCCCAGCAGUUUGUGACUUCAGCUGUUUGCAACACCACGUUGCUGCAGGCAGAGGAGGACAUGGCACCUCAAAGAAUAGGAUUGGAACCAGGGGAGCUGAUAAGGUUGUCCAAGUACCAGUUGGCACUGUAAUUCAUCUUAUAAGAGGUGAAAUUCCUUGUGCAGCUGACGACCACUCUUCAAAAGAUUUGGAUCCUUGGGAGAUUCCCGGUACACUUACUGAUGAAGUAUCGGGAUUAGACAAGGGAACUGGCCUUAAAGACUCAAGUGUGGCAGAGAAGAUGCGUAGUUCGUCCUUUCCUAUUGAAAGAAGCAUAAAGGAAUUGACGAGCAUGGAGAAGAACUCACGAGACGCACCACACGUUUUGCAUUCUCAUUUUUCAGCUUCUGAAUCUUGCUCAGAAGAAGAGACGGAUGAAAAAGAAGAAAUGCGAUGCAAUGUAGCAGAAUUAACAAAACAGGGUCAACGAAUAAUUGUUGCUUGUGGAGGGGAGGGUGGUUUGGGUAAUGUCUCAACUUCCAGAGUCUCAAAGAGGCAUAAACAUACAAAUUCGGAGUUCGACAGAGACAACAUAUUUGAACUCAAAGUAUCUGAUGGUGAUCAGUCUUCAGUUAGUGCUGGCUUGGCCGGUUCAGAGGCCAUUUUGGUAUUAGAACUCAAGAGCAUUGCUGAUGUGAGCCUUGUGGGGAUGCCAAAUGCUGGCAAAAGUACACUGUUGGGUGCUAUAUCAAGGGCCAAGGCUUGUGUAGGCCACUAUGCCUUCACAACUCUCAGACCAAAUUUGGGGAAGCUGAACUAUGAUGACCUAUCAAUCACAGUGGCUGAUAUUCCAGGACUCAUCAAGGGUGCUCAUGAAAACCGUGGCCUCGGACAUGCAUUUUUGCGCCACAUUGAACGCACGAAGGUUCUAGCUUAUGUGGUGGACUUGGCUGCUGCAUUAGAUGGGAGAAAGGGAAUUCCACCGUGGGAACAACUGAGAGACCUAGUUUUGGAGCUUGAGUACCAUCAAGAAGGGUUGUCAGAGCGACCUUGUUUGAUAGUGGCGAAUAAAAUUGAUGAAGAAGGGGCAGAUAGGGUAUACGACGAACUGAAAACAAGGGUUGAAGGUGUUCCUAUUUAUCCUGUGUGCGCCGUCUUGGAGGAGGGAAUUCCAGAGCUUAAAGCUGGUCUUAAGAAACUUGUAGAAGGUGGAAUAUCUUUUACACUCGGAAUAGAUAAAAUUACGGUUGAUUAAAGUUUGUGGAUGUCAUAAUUGCCAUUGAGACUUGAAAGCUUUCCAUUCUCUCUGGAACGCCAAAAAAUAUAAAACAAGCAGAACUUGCAAGUUGCAUGCUUGGACUGUCAUUGUUGGUGGUUUUUGAGUUUGGGUUUCUGGCAUUUAUAAAAAUGACCGUUUACAUAAAAUGUUCCUCCAUA